AUGGUCUAUUCGACGGACAUGUACCCGGUCCAAUUCAGCGUAGAGUACCCGGAAGAAGGCCGGAACAGGCUCACCGCACUCGUGCGGAUCAUCCUGGCGAUACCAAUCUUGAUCAUUUUUGGACUUAUCGGGAAUUCUCUCGGUCUGGGCGACAUGGACUCGUCUUGGAACUGGGGGCGUACCGAGGCGCUGAUCAUAAGUAUGGGACUGUACCUGGCCACAAUGUUGAUGAUCGUGUUCAGGGGAAAGUACCCGCGCUGGUGGUUCGACUGGAACCUGGAGAUUAGUCGUUUCUCAGCCAGGGUGGGAGCAUACCUAUUCCUGCUACGCGACGAAUACCCCUCCGCUGACGAGCAUCAGGCUGUCACCCUGGACAUCGCUUAUCCGGACGUACAAGGACAACUGAAUCGGAUUUUGCCACUGUUCAAGUGGCUUCUGGCAAUACCGCACUACAUAGUCCUGGCGAUUCUGGGGAUUGUCUCGAUUUUCGUAGUGUUCAUCGCCUGGAUAGCCAUCCUGAUUACCGGACGAUACCCAAUAUGGAUGUUCAACUACAUAGUGGGACUGUUCCGCUGGGGGCUUCGAGUUGCAGCCUAUGCGUUCCUGCUGACCACGGACCAGUAUCCGCCUUUCAGGCUGGGCGAGUAG